AUGGCGUCCGCACAGCUUGCCAUCGCCAAAGCCUCCCUCUUUGCGUCCCUCCUCAAGGCAGACGCCGACGCCGACCUGGCGUCGUGUUCUCGCGACGAGAUCGAGCAGUUCCAUGGUCUGCUCAACGCAGCCGUCGCCAAGUGCUCACCAACCAACGUUCAGAAAUGCAAGCAAUGGAUCCUUCAGCAUCUGGUCCCCUCUCCAACCCGCGCGGCUGCCUUUGGGAAAUACCUGGUCGCCCUCGCCUCUUCUUUCCCCAGCGGCUCACCGAAGGCGCCUGGCCCAUCCUCGAAGCGAAGGAGGCUGCAUGUGCUCUACGUCCUGAACGAUGUGCUCUUUCACGUCAAGUUUCGCACCCACCACCAUCACGUCUUCUUCGACAAGCUUGAAUCUCACCUUCCUGCUUUGUUCAAGAGCGCCGCCUCUUUUGCGAACGCACCGAAGCAAAUAAAGAAGCUGCAGGAUCUGAUUCAGUUAUGGGAGAAGAAAGGCUACUUCUCGGACUCCGUACUCAAGUCUUUACGCGCCGCUGUCGAUGAGGGACCAAAGUCGGAAGCGCGAGAAGCAAAUGGUGGGGGCGGUGAUGGUGGUGUGGCAAACAAGGCAUAUCAAACCUCGACAGCACGAGAGGCACCUUUUAUACUGCCAUCCAUGCACGGCGACGCAUCUGCGCCAUGGUACGACCUUCCCGCCGCCAAUUGGCUCCCCGUCAUAGAGCCGAAUUCCACGAGACCUAUGAAUCCGAACAUGAUCAAGCCGCUUCAACUUGCAGGUGGGGCGGCCGACAAGAACCUCGUUGCAGCGGUGAAGAAGUUACUGGGUGAAGUUGACAAGAUCUAUGCGAAAGACACGCUUCUAGAUGGGGACUCAUCGGUCGAUAUCAGCCAGAUGGGCGAAAUCAUCGAGCGAGACGAGAUGGGAGAUAUCGUCGGCGGCGAGACCUACUACGGCUGGUCUAGAAACUUUUGGGACGCCGAGGCUCCUCGCGCUCGAGCAGCCAGUCCCGGAGUCGCAGCCGGCGGCCUUCCUCAAGGCGAGACUCCUCGCGCCCAGCUACCAAACGACGUCGACUUUCGCGCUCACGAAGCCGGAGCUGGAGUAGCGCAUCACGAUCUCGCAGCCGCCCAAGGAGAGGCAGCCACAGCCCAGGGCGCCGGCGAAGCUAUUCGCGCUCCCGGUCUCGAUCCCGCUCUCCGCGACGUGGCCAGAAUGGCAGAGACAGACCCAGAUCCAGAUCCCGUUCCCGCGGCUCAUAUUCACCACAACCAGUGCUCUCUACUACCAGGAACGUGCAAGCAGCAGGCUAUGGCCCACCAAAAGGCUUUGUGCCGCCAAACCCGCAACAAUAUCACCACCCACAUCAACAACAUCAGCCACCGCCGCCGCCGCCAGCUUCGUACCCACCUCCGAACCUGCCCGCCGGGCCACCACCACAACCAGGCAGGUUCAACUCUUGGAACGCAGGCACGCCACCACCUCCUCCGCCUCCACACUACCAAGGUCACUGGCCUCCUCCGCCUCCGCCACCACACAUGUCUCCUGCCGGAGGCAACCCAGUACCACCACCCCCUCCACCGCAGGGCUGGUUCCCACCACACCCGUCCCCGAGCGGGCCUCCCGUCCCAGGAGCUCCUCCAGGCUCGUGGGCCGGCGGUUGGGCGCCGCCUCCACCACCGCCACCACCCUACUCACCUCAGGGGCAUCUCGAGCAGCAACAGCAACAGCCAGGAGGGUUCCAGUACGGCAGGGGUGGGAAUGGUGGUGGUGGAUACCGGGGACGCGGCGGCGGCGGCGGCGGGUACGGCAGGGGAAGAGGAUGGUGAUCGGUCGUACGAAGGAACCUGA